AUGGCACAAGAACAACUUGCAAAACUUGAAAAGGCCUGUGUUCCUUUAAUGGCUUCUCCUAAUGUUGGAUUAAUUGGGCCCGGACAGGACGUGGUGUUCAAACUUAUUUUGCCGGAUCGUAAUAUUUGGCCUGUUAGUCGAGAAGCAACUAUUGGCAAAAUGGGCUACUUUCGUAUUUUACAAAUGCAAGUAACUGAUCCGUGGGAGGUAUUAAGUGCGUUUAGCGGUAAUAAUACUUCGCUAACAAGAGGGAUUAAACAACUCUUUGAUGCAUUAAAUACUGCUAGAAGCUGUGAGGAUGCUUUGGAAAGGGUCUGUUUUGAAUUAAAAGUUGGUAAAUUGAACUUCGUACCCCUCCUCUCCUUUUUGGUCAGACUUAUCAUGUUACAAACCUUAUCUAUGGAUAAGUACCCAGCUCUGUUUUUUGGAACCCAUGCCGAUGUUGGGUGGGUGUACUAUUAA